UCAUUCAUUCAGUCUUCCUCCCAAACAUUUUAUUUUAUUUUAUUUUUCCUUUUUAUCUUUAAUUAUUAUUAUUAAUUUAUUUAUUUGUAUUUUUUUUCUUCUUGUUUUGUUCCAACUUUCUGUUUCAAUUCAAGAAAUACAACUUCCUUCCUUGGGGCCUGGAAAAACGAAACAGAGUGAAAACUGAGAUUAGAUAAAGUGUGUGGUUAGGUUCCGCCAUGGGUGCGCUUGCUCCCAUCUCUUCUUGGAUUCCUGAAGACGACCUUUUACUCAAGAACGCCGUCCAGGCUGGUGCUUCUUUGGAGUCACUUGCUAAGGGUGCAGUUCAAUUCUCUCGAAAAUUUACUGUUCGAGAGCUGCAAGAUCGAUGGUUUACUCUCCUUUAUGAUCCAAUUAUUUCUGCGGAAGCAUCUGCUCAAAUGAAUGAGUUUGAGCGUUCUGCUUCAGUGCUUCCAUCGAAGCUCAAUAGGUUUGGAAAUUUAAAAGAUAACAACUGUGCCAUAGGGAAGAGAAAAUUGGACAGUGUUCGUAGCUGUUACUAUGCUUUGCGGAAAAGGAUCUGUAAUGAACCAUUUAAUUCCAUGGAUCUCAGUUUUUUUGUUGGCCCUACUGAUAGUACUUAUGCUGGAAAUGGAGAUGAGGCUUUAUCUGCAAAUUGCGUGCUUCAAGAUGCAGCCUCAAACCCUUUUGGGCUUGAGGUUUCAGAAAUGGUGACUUGUGCCUUUCCAAAUGAUCUGAUGGAUGCUGAUGGUGGGACAUUCCAUACUCUUCACACAAGUCUUGAAAACCCAACUGAAGAAACCUUUUCUGUUGACCAAAAUAACACCCUUGAAGAAAUUCCUCAGGUUCUCGGAGAAAAUAGGCCUUCUAUCUCCGGGCUUGAGGAGAUGGAAGAUCCAACAGAUUUGGCUGCCAGCUUCUUUGAAGGGGUUGAAAUACAAGCAAAAACAUCUCCUGCUUUCAAUCAAGAUGAUGCUGAUCAAUUGAACAUGUUUGCUGAAUUUGAUGUGAAUAAGGUCUUUAGUUCUCCUGUCUCAGGAUCUGUUACACCAUUUAACAACAUGGAGUUUCUAUCUCCACUUCCAGGGACACCAAUUUGGAAGACAGUGUCAACACCAGCUUUGUCAGUGGAUAAUUGUCUUGGGGACAGAGAUCUAUGCUCUGGAGAUUCUUUUCACCUUCCUGAUGAUUAUGGUUCUAGGAGUACAAGGACAUCUGACUUUGAUGUUCAUUCAGAAGUCAAAGUGAAAAUGGAAACGGCACCAGCUUUGUCAGUGGAUAAUUGUCUUGGGGACAGAGAUCUAUGCUCUGGAGAUUCUUUUCACCUUCCUGAUGAUUAUGGUUCUAGGAGUACAAGGACAUCUGACUUUGAUGUUCAUUCAGAAGUCAAAGUGAAAAUGGAAACGGCCUAUGGUAAUUUUCAAGUUCAUAAUGGCACCGACAAUUAUUUGGCAGAACUAUCCAAUUCUCUUUUAAACUUCAAUGAUGAAGAGCUCUUGUGUAUGACUUCUGAUGGAAGAGAUAUGAUUGAUAGGUCUUACUAUGAUGGUCUAAGCUCUCUUUUGUUGAGCUCACCAAAUGAUGUUGGUCAAGAUCAAACGACCAAUAUAACAGAACUUGAGACAUCUAUAGCUCCAGAUAUGUGUACUGCGAAUGAAUCUGCUCCAUAUCACGGAGAGCUGCAUGAUGAUACUGAGUGCCGUGAAGGUGAUGAACAAAUAUCAUUCAGUUCUCCAAGCCAGAUGCAAUCAUCUAUAUUAGCCUCAAACCUUCAAUUUCCUGAAUUAAAAGAUGGAGUUAUUUGCUGUGUAUUAAAUACUGAGGACCCUGAAGUUCCAUGCAAUGAUGAUGUUUUUAUAUCAAAUCAACCAACAGUGAUGUCGUCCACAGCAGAAGCAAAGCUUCAAGAAACAAGUGGACCACUUUCUUCAUCUAUUAAGGAUUGCAGUAGUAAUCAACGAACUAGUGAUAGAGGACCUAGCUUAAUGCAUAAAGAAAGAAAAACUCCUAGAGAGUCUCAUGUGAUGGGAUCACAUGUUUUACAAGAAAUGGGUCUGAAUCCUUCAGCUGGUAGUUUUGGGGUUAUGUUUGCAGCUUCCAAGUCUGACUCGGCUAGUAUGGCAUCUAAGGUUGCUAGUAUUGGUUUAAAUUCUGCAAAUUCAAGUACAAGGACACUCCAAGAGACUCUGAAGGAAGAGAUCAGAGAAUUGCCAAUGGCCAAGCAUCUCAACUCAACUGAUAUCUCUAUUGAGAAACCAGCUUUUGGCUCUGCGAGCUUUAAAAGCUAUCCACACGGAAAUGCCAUUGCUAUCGAGGAGGAACAUGAUGGGUUCAGAGAUCAGGAGUCAAUACAGGCUGAACUGACACGCAUGAAUUGUACUGUUUUUAAACCACAUUUAGACAAUGCAACAGCUGAGCAUGAUGCAAUGCUUAAUUACAGUGAAGAUGACAUACCUUGUUAUUCAGAUGUUGAGGCAAUGGUGCUUGACAUGGACUUGGAUCCAGAUGAACAGGACUUGCAUUCUAGUGAAGAAGUCUCAAGAUAUCAGCAUGAGGAGACUAAGAGGGCAAUCAUACGGCUGGAGCAGAGUGCUCAUUCUUAUAUGCAACGAGCUAUUGCAUCUCAUGGAGCACUUGCCAUUUUAUAUGGGCAACACUCGAAGCAUUAUAUUAAGAAACCCGAGGUUUUGUUAGGUAGAGCAACAUUUGAAAGCCCUGUUGACAUUGAUUUGGGAAGAGAGGGUAACUCCAACAAGAUAUCCCGGAGGCAGGCUAUUAUAAAGAUGGACAAGAGUGGAUCUUUCUAUCUGAAAAACCUUAGCAGCAGGUUUUCAAUAUCUGUGAACAGUAAAGAAGUAGGCCCUAAGCAGAGUCUAAACCUGAAUUCCAAUUGCUUGAUCGAGAUUAGAGGGAUGUCAUUCAUAUUUGAGAUGAACCCUGCUCGUGUGAAAAUGUAUCUGGAUAGCAUAAAGACUACCCAAAUCCAAGAGGGCCAAUUAUAGUAUACUGGAGGUGCAAGGAAUGGAAUUUCUCAUCAGAAGGUGCUCUUUUUUAACUUUUCUAACUGCCCUUUCUGGGUAAUGUAAGUAUGCUUUUCAAUAUGUAACUAGUCUACUGAUGUUAAGUGAGAACUUAUUCCUUUCCCACCUUGAGUCGAGGGAAACAAAAGAAAGAAAGAAAAAUAUAUCAAGGCAAUAUCUUCACAUUUUCUUUAUUCCAAUCAUUCAUGAAUUAAUGAAUAUCUUCAUAUCCAGAAGUUAUUGUUAUUGAUGAAAGACGUAGAUUGAACAA